AUGCCUUCUACGACGUCAGCUUGGCAGUCGUUCUUCCGUCGCACGACACCACCCUGUCGCACCUCCCCAGGAGCUCCUUCGACCAAUUCAUUCUCGGGCGAUGGCUACGUCUUUAAGGACGACGCCACGCCCGAGAACACCUCGACAUCGUUCUCUCUCCGCACGCACAUCCCUCUCGAUGACACGCACCGGAGCUCCAAGACCGGGCGGGGUAGAAGAGCCGGAGCGCGCAACGGAGGUGUUGCAGUUCAGCGUCCCGUGCGCUCCGCGCAUCCAGCGCACGCGCCUUCGCCGACCGCGCUAGCCUACCUUUCGGGCCAUGCACAAGCGUUCUCGAUGGAUGGCAUGAAGCCGCAGGGUCAGUUGGCCAAAACACUGUUCCCGAUGGCGAGCCUGCCGUAUGUGCCGUCCCUCCCGGCGUACUCGCGGCUUUUCGAGGCGAACGGGGACGGCAAGAUCGACUAUUCUGUGCCGCUUCCGGCGUACAGUCUACCUGCAUCAUCGGGGCUCUUUACCGACGUCUUCCGUAACGAGCCUACCUGUUGCUUCUCUUGGGCCCAAGCUCCUCGAGCAAUACCAUGCUGGACCACCCGGAAACUGCGCCUCCAGGGCACAAUUGUGCAUAGUUCUCGGCUGGAUCCCCCUCAAUAG